CUCCUCCAACUUGUCCCUCAUGCGCUGGUUCGGUGGGACGCCCACUGGUUCUACUAAGCCAACCUUCCCGCCGCCCUCUCCCAGAUGGGAUCACCGCCCUCUACCGUCGACUCCCCCGACCUCCCUCCCCAUGUCGGAACCCCGAUGCCAUUCUCCUCGGCCCUCCGCUUCCCCGGCGCUCAUGGACCUCGACCUCGACGUCUCCCCGUGGACGUUCGAUCCGAGCCCCUUGGUCGCGAGCCUCCCCUCCUCGUUCCUCCUCUCGUCCUCCUCUCCGUUGUUCUUCCCUCCUCCGCCUUCGCCGCUUUGGAUCUUCGAAGAUACUGCUGCCGUCGUCUCAAGUUCUCUCGCCGACGACCCGGGGUUUUUGAAGGGUAAUCAUGACAUGAGAAAUGCAAAGGCUAACAUGGCUGAUAGCAAAGCAAUGGAGCUACAAGUUCCAGCAGUGGAGGAGUUCUCGGAUGGUUCCUUUGUGAUCAAGGAGAGGAUGACACAGGCACUUCGGUACUUUAAGGAGUCAACAGAUCAUCAUGUUCUGGUUCAGGUUUGGGCGCCUGUAAAGAACGGGGAUCGUUGUGUUCUCACAACUUUGGGACAGCCCUUCAUUCUAGAUCCUGAGAGCACCAAGCUUCUUCAGUACAGAACGGUGUCUCUAAUGUACAUAUUUUCGGUUGAUGAAGAUGGUGAUGCCGAUCUGGGUCUCCCUGGCCGUGUUUUCACAAGAAGAAUGCCAGAAUGGACACCGAAUGUGCAAUACUAUAGCAGCAAGGAGUAUCAGCGCCUUAAUCAUGCUCUCUGUUAUAAUGUUCAGGGGACCCUGGCAUUGCCAGUUUUUGAACCAUCUGGUCAAUCCUGCAUUGGUGUAGUUGAGGUCGUCAUGACAUCGCAAAAGGUCAAUUAUGCGUAUGAGGUUGAUAAAGUUUGUAAAGCUCUAGAGGCUGUUAACCUGAAAAGUUCUGAGAUUUUGGACCAUCCAAAUGUUCUGAUAGCCAAUGAUGGACACCAAGCAGCUCUAGCCGAAAUUCUUGAAAUCUUAACACUGGUCUGUGAAGCAAAAAAGUUGCCGCUUGCUCAGACUUGGGUUCCAUGCAGGCAUCAAACUGUUCUGACACAUGGUGGUGGUCCUAAGAAGAUUUGUUCAAGAUUUGAUGGAAGUUGCAUGGGACAAGUCUGCAUGUCAACAACAGAUGUUGCCUUUUAUAUUAUUGACCCUCACCUGUGGGGAUUUAGAGAAGCUUGUGUGGAACAUCAUUUGCAGAAGGGACAAGGAGUGGCUGGCAAGACAUUUGCACAACGUAGGCCAUGUUUUUCUAAAGAUAUUACCAAGUAUUGUAAAAGUGAGUAUCCUCUUGUACAUUACGCACGGAUGUUUGGUUUAGCUGGAUGUCUUGCCAUAUGCUUACGAAGUAACCAUUUGGGCGAUGACGAUUACAUAUUGGAGUUCUUCCUUCCGGCUGAUUGUAAAAGCCCUGGUGAGCAACAGGAUUUGUUGAAUUCCAUUUCAGGUUUGUUGAAACAGUGUUUUCAGAAUCUAAAAUUCAUAACUGAGGUUAAGUUUCAAGGAGGAAAGUCUCCUGAAGUUGACUUAAUUGCGGAUGGUAGCUAUGAAUUGCGACCUAGACUCAUAUAUAGUCCACGUGGUGACACUCAUGUCCAUAUACCUUCUGAAGCUAAUAUUGAUGAACCUGUAGACAAUGAUGACUCACUAAAUGAGGAAAAUGCAACUCCUGAUUUGCAUGGGCAGCAUUUGGCUACAGAUUCAAAUGUCAAAAAGAAUGGUAACAAACUUUUAGACUCAACUGCAUUGGACAACAAAACCAGCUAUAUACCUGCAAAGCGGAGAGGCAAACCAGAGAAGACGAUUAGUUUAGAGUUACUUCAGCAAUACUUCUCUGGGAAUCUUAAAGAUGCUGCAAAGAGUCUGGGAGUUUGUCCGACAACCAUGAAGCGCAUCUGUCGGCAUCAUGGAAUUUCCAGAUGGCCAUCUCGGAAAAUUAAUAAGGUUAACCGGUCACUUUCCAAGCUGAAGCAUGUGAUCGAGUCGGUCCAAGGUGCUGGGUCUUUGGAUUUGACCUCUCUAUCUUGUCCACUUCCGGUUGCUGUUGAUUCUGUUCCAUGGCCUGUUGAUUUGGAUAGUUUGAAGGACUUACAAGAUGGUGUUAAGAGGAGUGAAUUUUCUCCCGAGAAACCCUGUGAUAGAGAAGAUAAACUGGAGCAAUCUGUUUCUCCUCGGGUACAUGUUAAAGAACAAGUCGAUCCUCAGCUUAACCCUGUCAAGGAUUCUCGUCGCUCAACAGGAAGCUCUUCAGAAGGAAGCAUGGAUGCCCCUACUUCCCAAGGUUCAUGCCAGGGAAGUCCAGUUAAUAAUUUCUUUGUGAGUAGCCAGCCAGCAUUGUCGGACUUAAAUCAGGCACAAGGCACCAAUUGUUCCUCAAAACUCACAUUACAAAAUGCUUGCUAUUGGAGUCUGCCGAAUGAAAACUCACUACCUAUUGCUGUCAAUUCGAAGCCCCAACUACCAGUUGGAGUGCUAAUAAAAGAUUCUGGAAGCUCAAAAGAUUUGAAAAUUAAUUGUACUUUUGCAGGGGUGGGUUCCCGGGAUGAACCUGCCAUGAUUCUAACUCGUGAUACCUCACAACCUUGGGUGUCACAAGAAACUAAGGCACUGACAAUCAAGGCAAGUUACAAAGAAGAUAUAAUUAGAUUUCGAUUGCCACACAAUGCUGGUAUCUUGGCUUUGAAGGAUGAAAUUUCAAAGAAGUUGAAGUUGGAAGUUGGCACUUUUGAUAUCAAGUAUCUUGAUGAUGAUCAUGAGUGGGUCAUGUUGACCUGUGACUGGGAUUUGGAGGAAUGCUUAGAUGUUUCGAGAUCUUCUGGAGCUCAUAUAAUCAGGCUAUCUGUGCAUGAUUCAGUGACCAAUCUUGGAAGCUCUUGCGAGAGUUCAGAGGUUGAUUAUCACAAUUAUGUCACCAGACAGUUCAACGUAGGUUAAACAUACAUUUCAGAGAUCAUCUUACAAAUAUUCUCUAAAAUGGCACCAGCAUCUGUGCAGGAACCACGAGUGAAAAGAAAAGGAAGAAACAAGUCACAGCAAUCUGUAUAUGAUGGACCAGACCAGGAUAUAAAAUGGCAUCGUUAGCACUACCUACUGACUGGGAAAUGUACAACUGUAAUGAAGUUGUGUUCGAUAACUCUGGAAGACAGUAAAGUACUAUGGAUUCAGAAGGCAAGUUUUGUUCUGAGGUAGAAUAUAACUAUAAAUUUAAUUCUUCGUUGCUAUAUAAUGAUUUGUUAUCUUUUGUACAAAGUAGAAUAGCAUUCUUUAUGAGUUUUUGGUGGUGCUACAUGUGAAAUAUCAAGGACAUCUAGGAUUAAUUUUAAUUGUCCAGGAUGAUUUCGUUUGUUGCUAUUGGCAUAAAUUACUGUACUGAGUCUCCCAUUAAGAACAUAUUUGUAUUUUUAAUGUCAAGUUUGAGUGAAUGUAUAGUCAUGAAAUGCUCUGAAUAUUUGAUAAAUGAUGGAUGGAAAUUAUAUUUUAAAUGUGUAUUGAUACAAAUAUUAUUUGAUAAAAUUAUAUUUCAAAAGUCUAUUGAAUAUUUUUUGAUGAAUUUAUCAUUUUAAAUAGUUUUAAUAUUUCAUUUAAAAAUAAAUAUAUAUUUUUUAUUUAAAUUAAUAGUAGUAAAAAACAAAAUAAAUCAAUGAUAUAUGUAAUCUUAUAAAAAAAUAUAUGACCCAAAUAUAUAAUAAAUAAAAAAUAUAAUCAUAUAAAAAAUAUUUUUUAAAGAUAAAUAAAUAAAAAUGUAUCUCUGAGCACAUGUUGUUCAUUCAUGUUGGUAUGUUAAUUUCUCUGAGUCAGGCAAAACUCGACAAUAACAUGGUUGCUUAAUGCCAAAGCCGGAGAUACUUAUUGUGGUCCUCAAAUGAUACCCAUCAGAAACGCUGCUUGCGACUCCGCGAAUCAUCCUACGCCGGUGUCCCACCCCACCCCUCGAGAAUUGCAAGAAGCCGAGAGCCUUCCUUGUCAGCGACCGCCUCCCUUCUUCCCCUCUCCUCCUCCGCCUCCAAUUCACCAGCCCUAAUUUUUGUAGCCCUCGAACGAUACAUUGUACACCCAAGGAUGGCGGCAUUGCCGUCUGAUCAAGAAUCAAGUGGACCAGCUGCUUCUUUUUAUCCCCAGGGCUGAAGCAAUAUUCUCCGAUCAAGGAUCUGCAAUUUUUUUCGUUUUACUCCCAAGGUUGAGGUUGUUGCCUUCCGAUCAAAAACUAAGUCGACUAGCUGCUGCUUUUUACCCCCAUUUUCUUGAUUUACACUUUUUUUUUUUUUUACUUCUGGUUUUGAGUUAUAUGGCGUUAGCGUUUAUUCUGAAAUCUACAUAAAAGGGUAGAAUUAGAUUUAGUUUCAGAAUUCUGAUUGAGAAGGUUGUUACCGAUGGAGAUCUCAAUGUCUAUGUGAAUCUCUUACUUUUAUCUUGCUGCAUCACAGUAGGAGAUUAUCUCCCCCCUUCAUGGUUUGUGCUUUAGUUUCCUAAACUUGUUGUACUCAGCAUCCUUAGGGUUUUUCUUUGGAUAAAAUUAUUCUUUUUUUUUUUCUGUUUAUGGAGGUAUGUGAUUUUGUACAUCUGGCAAGAUAACUGCAGGAUUGUUCUCACUACUUGUGGUGCAGAUCGAUUUCUGAUCUAUGGUUGAAAAGGGUACUCGAUAGGUGAGCCUUGUACUCCCUGUGUGCUACCUAUAUUAUUACUUUUAUUGAUAUGCUUAAGCAACCAAAUAACAAAGUGAAAAAGGCAAAAUAAAAUAAGAGAACAGAUUGGAGCUGGCAAAUACGCCCUUAAAGAUAGUUUCUCUAGUUGUGCUGUUUAUAUAAGUCCAUGAAUUAAUAUUCUAGUAGAACUUAAAGAACCUCAACAGGUUUGCUCAUCUCUUGUAAUCCCUUUGCUUUCUCUUCUUUUUGUUGCAGUUACUAAGACCUUUAAUAAUUGAUAUUGAGGAUACAUGCAAAAUCUACCUCGACUAAACUUUGGUAAGUAUGUCUUAAGACUGAGGUGGCACUUACUGGUUUCCCUUCUUGUAGGUUGGUUUGACAUUUCUUGUUGCCUUUCGAGUUGGGCUAGUUGUAGCUGAGGAAGAUACAGGUAACACCGAUUCACUAAAGUCUCUUUUGUAGCUAGUGAAUCAAGCCAUGGUACUCCGUGUUCAUGGGUUGGCUCUGAAGACUACAGUUGCUGCGAUGAGAGUAAAUGCUCUGCAUUGCUUAGGGGAAUUGGUUUCAGCACUCGAUAAACUUGCGAUUUUGGACAUCUUGCUAGCACUUCAACGUUGUACCGCUAUCGACCACUCGACACCCACCCUCAUGUGCACACUGGGAGUGGCAAAUUGUAUUUAUAAACAGGUAUGCAAAGCUGCAUUUAUCUCCUAGAUACUAUUCUCUGUUAAGCUUAUUGCAGCUGACAUUGAAUGGUUACCGCAUUCCAUUUACAUCACACGUUAGAUGUGCCAUCUUUUCCAAGCUUCACAAUUCUCGGCUUUUUAGUAUUCAGCAUGGCACAGAAUUUGCCAUUGAGCACGUGCUUUCCCUACUUUUCCCACUGCGUACUGCCCAGCAAUUGAAUGUUCAGCAAUUCACUUAGUACGUACUCUUCAUUAAGGAUAUCAUAAGUAAGAUAGAAGAGAAACGUGGUGCGACCAUGUCUGAUUCUGGUGCCUCACAAGUCAAAGUGUCAUCUGCGUUAGCCAAUGAGCUUCGUUCUGAACCAUUACCAAAAUCUAGUGCACAAAACUCAUUGACAAAGAGCAGGCCCUCAUGCGGUGAAGACUGGGGUCCAACAGAUAAGAAGACUACCAAUGCUUCACUUCCUACGGAGUUCAGCCAUCAGCCUGAACAAUCAUUUCCGAUUCUGCAGUCAGCACCUGACCCUGCUAUUCCCUUGCAGUCUCUUAUGGCUGUGCCUAUCCACCAAACCUCCAUGGCGUGCACUCCUGUUGACAUUGAAUGGCCUCCUUCAAAUUCGUAUUCUGGGUUUGGUGCACAGUUGAGCGUUAAUGAGAAGCAGAACCCCACAGCGAUUUUCAAUAGUGCUUUCGACGAUCUGGAUCCUUUUGCCAAUUGGCCACCAAAGCCAAGCAAUUCUGCAAGCAAUUUAGCGUCUGUAACUGUACCAACACAGAGUCAUGAUAUAUCAGGAUCCAGCAUGAGCAGCAUAGAAUCUUCUACUGGGCAAUCGAAGCCACAAUGAACAGACUGGUGUGCCCAUGAAUAGCCAAUCUUUUGGUCAGUUGAAUCCUGCAUAUGCAUCAGUCGCUGGAGAAUCAGUCUCGGACUCAAGUACAAGUCACUUCAUCUCCAGUGGUCAUACUACUAAAACAACCGACCUUGAGUUCAUAUUCGCCUCUUCUCACCAUGGGCAGCCAACUCCUAGAACUGGAUCACCUCCUGCAACUGCUAUUGGAAGAGUUCAUCGAAGGAAUCAAGGGAAUGCAGGAUGAUCAAAAUCAUAGCAAGGAUCAUCAGAGCAACCUCCCCUAUCAGAGCCGACCGAAUAAAGUCCAAGGUGGAUUAUUGAGUUGAAUGGUAAUGAUGUGGAUUUUCCCUUUUGGCCAUAUAAAAGGUCAGGAUAGAUCUAAAAAGAAGAUGUAUUCUUUAUGCAUACAGUAAUUCACUGUUUAAAAUGUGGAAAUUCUGAUGGGAAGUAAAUGGAAAUUUUGCCUGUGCA